GUUGGUUAAAAUGCAUCGCUGCCUCCUUCGGCCAUUAUUGCUGUGGCCGACACGACAAACGAGGGUGCGUCAUGACGUACCCAGCGAGUGGACGCAACCUCUGCAUGUGAAGAGCGACUUGUUUUUCGUUGGAGCGAUCUUGGUGUCAGGAUUGACUGCCUAUGGGGCAACAAAGCAGUAUUGGUCUCAUGGGGGCGAGCCAGCCGUUCCGAUUAGCACCACUGAUGAUGCGGAGGAGCCGACUACUAUAGAACCGGAAGUUGAUGCCAUCAAUAGUCCUAUUUUGACAAAGGAGACAUUGAUGGCUGUGGUUAAGGAGCUCGAGGCGUCGAUUCACUUGUUGCUGGACCAUGUGCUCAUGGGUGUUGCUGAUGUACGAGGGCCAGAAGGUGCUGUGGAUGUGGAUAGUCUCACAGAGUCCUUCCUGGUCCAGCUGGAACAAGCCAAGACGGAAAUUUUGGCCAAGCAUGGCCUUGCUCCCGAAGUGCUUGCUUCUGCGAUCGAGAGCCACGCAGAUGACGACGACAUCAGGCUCGCGCUAGCCCAAUGUCGUGCUCAGCUACAAGUGCAACGAAACGUAAAGUUGACGCAGGAACAAGUGCUGCACAUCAUUCAAGACGGAUUGGAGUUGGUGGCGACGACUGUAGACGAGGCUCAGGGUGAUGACGCUUCGCAAGAUGGAAGUGGCCAAGAGAACGAUCCAACGUGGGUCGACACUAUGUAGUCGCCAUGUAGCCAACAUUGACCACUUGCAUCAUAGGUACCAAGAAAAGUUGAAUGCCAAGCUCUCGGCAAAGCAUGGCCAGGUGAACGACGAGGUAUAUCAUACUCAACCCGAGUUAGAUGCGUUCUGAACCUUGGGUAGGAGUUGGCUCGCGCAGUUGCUCUGUUCGCUGCCGGGGACAUCACGUUCCAGCGAAAGCUCCAGGCGCUGUAUGCUGCCCAUCGAUCCAGGUAGUAACUGCUACGGGUUCCAAAACGAUGCUAAAGGACCGACGGUGGUAAAGGAUGGCUCAAGAGUCUUGCCGACACCCGAGUCUAGUUGCGCCGUCUCACCGUAGUCGAAUUAUUCAUUUCACAGGGGUAUAUUAGUUAAGGCAAGUUUUUCUCUGCA